CUGGUAUUGAAAGUCCCUGAAAUCACAAAAUCAGUUUAACGUUUUCGGGGAUUUCAGCUGACGAUAAUUGACACCCGCCACCGAACUAGUCCGAGCAAUGCAGCGAUGAGCGAGACGCAGAACGGUGUUUGUACACUAUCCCCGAAGUGAUGAAAAAUGUCGGGACAUUUUAAUCUUUCAAACAACCGGAGCAAGUUUGGGAUUGGAGCUAACCUGUCUCAGAAUGUUCCUCAGGAUCUCACCCAGCAAGAGUUUGGCUCCAGAGGAAUCCACAAUGACUCGACCCUGUUCACGUGGACAGAACCCCCGAGGGGCAGGGGCGUGACGGAGAGGGGGAACGGGAUCGUCCCAGGUGGGAUAGCAGCAGCUGUGUUCAUUGGCUUGUUGCUGGGGCUCUACGCAAUCCUCUGGAAAUGUAUGGUGACGGCACCCAAGAGGAAGCAGACAAUGAGGAUGAGGGAUCAGAAAGGUCCCAGGAAGGAUCUGCUGUGCUGACAGACCCUGCAUUUUGAUAGCUCCACCCCCAUACCACCAGCCUGGGCUCACAGGGCACUGACACCAGGGGGCGGUGCAGCUAAAUGACCAGGAACUGCCAACAAGACUUCACUUUAGGCUUCUGUAACUUUUACCCAGUACCGUCCAAUCUCUGCACCUCUAUCAGUGUCUCUGACUUUAACCACAAGGACAACUGCUUCCAGAGAGCCUACCACAACAUGGAAGAAUUCUGUUAACCAUUCUGGCCUGUGUUAAUACGAAAGCUUUGGAAGAUUGCUUGGCUAAAGAAAUGACCUGCAAGGAUGUACAAAAUGGUCUUAUAUUUGUAUAUAUAGAUACAAUGUGUUUAGUUAUGAAGUUGGAGGGAGGCUGGCAGAGUGCUGCAGAAUGGAAACCAAGGGAAUUGGAUAGAAAUGCAAAUGAAAUACAUUUAUGAAACACUUUGCUGUACAAGGUACACUGCUACUAGAAUAUUCAGUAAAUACUGUAUGUAGACAUUUUAGCAACACAUUUCAGAUGGAUGGUGGUGAUGGUGAUGCCAAUUCAUAGUCUACUGCAGUCUAUGCCAGUGGUCCUUAAUGCUGUGCCUGCGACAGCAAUGCUGAUGUAUUGGGAGGGAUACUGAGGUUAUUACAGUUGACUGCUCUUUGCUGCCAAUUCUGUGCCAUUUGAUGCAUCUGUAUCUGAAAGAGCUCUCGCAGUGUUUACAGGACACAUUAUUUUACCUUUGCUGUAUCCUGUGUUGUCCAUAUCCCAGCAGUAUAUUCUACAUCAUUUCGACUGUUUGUAAUAUUUUUUUUCGCACAUCAUAGGUAAAUCCACUAAGGAACUACUUUUUCUUGGCAACAAUCUGAAGGAGAAAAUAUUGUAUUUUUUUUUUUCUUUUAACAUUGCAGUAUAUCCAGUUCAUGCUCCCUCCUGCAACAAUGCUGGUGUUGUGAUUUGAAAUGAGUGCUGUACUGUGGGAACAGGAAACCAGCAUUGUUGCACGAGGGAGCGUGGACUGGAUACAACGAUGUUUAGAAGAGAAACUCCUUUUGCUGCUUAACACUACCGAGUAAAUGUUGAGAAAUGCAUUCCCCAGUAUGUUUAAAAAUAUAUUACUGGUACAGUAACUCGUAGGUAAACGGCUGCGAAGUACCUUUUUUAAUAUAGGUGUCUAGUUUAACUCCUCGUUGAAAGAAAUGUAAAGCUCAAGAGAGCUGUUUUCUUUGAUGUCAUCGCUGCCGUGACAGAUGCUGAACUUAGGUAGGUGAAGUGUUUUGUAUAUACUACACAUGGAUACAUUUAAUGUUAUGAAUGUAUGUGAGUUUGUUGGGCAGAGAACACAAAGGUCUUCUCUAGAUACAGACUUGUUUGUUGCCACAUUCUUCUUUUUUCAUUGUGUAUCGAAUCCUUUGUAGGCAACUUGUGCAAAUUCGCAUCUAUUCUUUAAUGUGAAUGCUGUUUUUAAACUUUAUCUAUCUGUCUCGCAUUUCAUAAUGAUCUCAUAAGAAUGUGGCAAUAGACAAGUUAAUAUCUGCAGAUAUGCCGUAUUGUGGUUCCACUGAAGGUGAAGCAACUUGCAUAGUAAAUAUUUAAUUGCUGUCUUAUUUGUUGGCAAAAUUCCUAUCUUAUGACCCUUGCUCUUUUGGUGCCCCAUGUUAUAUUACUCUUUGCUAGACUCUCUUCAAAGCUACCAGUGGACUAAUCCAUCGCUAACAAUACGAAAUGUACAUGCUUGUUUAAUUAGUCUUUGUUGAAAGUUACAUUUAAAUAAAGAAACAUAACCGGUG